GCCAGAAUCCUAACCCAAAAAGGGGGAGACGAUCACGGGCAGUUGGAGUUAGGGUUAGCUCCUAAGAAUCCUCUACCCAGAUUUGAUGAGAUUUUGCCGCUGCUGGAUUGUCAAAAAAAAAUUCAAGAUUCGAAAAUUAAUGAUGUUUCCCUCUCCAAAUCCGCUUAGGAGUCGUAGCUCGGGAAUACUUGGGAGACGGUACGCCUCCUCUCUCUUUAAAAGACCGUACUCACCACUGACUCUUCUCAAGGACUUUCCUAGAAGACAGUGGCAAUCGGUUUCGACGGCUAAUCCCUUCCCAAAGUAUUUCCCAGCAGACCCGAGCCCUGGUAAGUGGGUUAUUCCCAUUGAUUAGAUUCUCUUUGCACCUGGGCAAUUGACCCGCUCCUUUGCUAUUUCGACAUCACAUCACCCAUCCUCGGUCCCAAAACCGAGCUCGCUAAUGAUGGCGACUGCCUCAGGGGCUUCUUCUGAGGAUGCGUUUAAUCGUUCUAUGACCCUUGCUCCUCUGCAGGAUACCAAGAUGGUUCAUAUUACUGAUGACCAGGUGGUGCAGUUCUCUCUAGAGGAGGUGCAAUCGACGAGAUUCAGGAUCUCCCGAACCCCUUUUGGGCUGCCUGUUCUCUGAUAAUCAGAUUUCGCUGGCCGAACUGCGGGAAGCGGUCAAUUUCCACUAGCAGGGAAAAAGCCAGAUACGCGUCAUGAAUACCAAACAUGGCCUUCUUGAGUUUGUGUUGCCGUCUGAGGAGUCCAAGAACUGGGUUCUCGAGAACACCCCUUGGAUUAUCAAAGACAGAAUUCUCCAUCUCCGAUCAUGGACGCACAAUAUUGUUCAAAGAACAUUUGACGAGCUGGCGAUUGCGCCAUUCCGUGUCCAACUGUGGAACGUGAAGGAAGACUGCAUUACCAAGCAGUUUGAGCGCAAGGUGGUCAAUGACACCAUUGGUAAGGUUCUGGAGGCAGGUGUUUUUACCUGCCAAGAUACUGGGGAGUCUUUCGUCAAAGUGAGAUCUUUAAUUGACUUUACAAAGCCCCUUUGCUCUCAAUUAAUUGCGGCAAGUGAUGAACUGGGGUGUUUCUGGGUUAAUUUAAGAUAUGAAUACCUACCCUCGUUCUGCUUCCAUUGUGGGCGGGUUGGUCACUUGCAACGUAACUGUAUUUUUGACCCCCCCCCCCCCAACUAGAAAGGAGAGAUUCAACCCCCCAAAUGUCGACAAAAAAACUGGAUUCAAGAAUAUACGAUACGGAGGAGGAUCUUCCCUCUUUUCCCGGGGCUAGGAACUCUGUAUGGAUCAACAAGAAUGUUCCUGGUGGUGGGCGGGCCUCAAGUGAUAGGGUGGUACACCCAAACCUUGGCCGGGAAAACUUAGCGGCUGGAAAGAAGAUAGAGUCUUCUCGAAUUCAACUACGGGAAGGGAAGGCAGGGAUUUCCUCUGAUCCUCAGCCAGCGAUGGAGAAAAAGAGGAAUCGGCGUCUGAGUCCAAGGGGAUACUCCCUCGCGAAAUCUCCAAGGCUGCAUAUUGGCCGCAAGUUCCGACAUGGUUCCAGCAAGGCUGAGAUAGGUGAAACUUCCCGCAAUGCUGGACGUUGGGGAGCCAAAAAACCAAAACAGGUAGUUAAACCUUCUCCUGCUUCGAUGGAGAUAGAUGAGAAUCAGACCCGUCGACGUCGGCUCGUCCUGGAAGAGGAGUCCGAUGAUGGUAUAUCUCUAAGUGAAAUUCCCAGGCAGGUUGUGCCAGCAUCUCGCGGUGGGAACCCCCCUCCAGUUGGUGAUGGGGCCUCGCGCAUAAACAAAGGGAAGGGAUUGUUGCGUGUUUAUGAACCGAAGCAAGACAAGCAAUAGCUGAAGACUCCUCACAUCCCCAGGCCAUCAGAUCAACAACCUGCUUCACCGAUCCUGCGUUCGGCGGCCACCUAUAAGCUCAGGAGGGGGAAAACUCUUAUAAAAAAGGCUAGUUCUCCUGCGGCUGCUCCCCUGAGACAAGAAACGAUAAAAUGAAGGCCUGGACGAGUGGCUUUCCUCCCCUUUGCCGAAAGCCGCUAGCCCGGAUGGUUGCCAACCGACGGCCCAAAUGAUCCCAGGUGACAUUCAGGACUCGGAGGUGACCCAAUCGGAGGAUGAUGAGAAAAAAUUUGAAAUUAAAUAUCGUGUGAUUGGAACUAAUCGCGUGCUUAUUCGCCAACCCAGUCAGGGACGGGUUCGGCGGGUUGUAGCCGCCUUUGAGACUGGGUUGGUGCUAAAUAAUGAGGAGCGCGACAUCCAAUCCGAUGGUUCCCUUGAACAUGCUGAAGAGGAGUUGGAGCUUAAUGAAUAUGGAUCGAAUUUGCAAGAUCCGGGUAUUGGAGGAAGGAAAAGGGUUUGUAAAGAGGUGGAUGAUGAGACUGCUGAGAUUCCUACGCCCAAGAAACAAUUUGUGGAGGAAAGGGAUGAGGAAGAUGAUAAGGUGGAGGUUGCCAGCCCGAAAUGGCCCCAAAGCAUUAAAUGAAGAUUCUGGCUUGGAAUGUGAGGGGAAUUGGACCGUCACUCACAUUCAAGACUGCGGUCGGUCUUGUUCAUUCUAAUAAACCGGAUCUUGUUUUCUUUUCGGAGACAAGGUCACGUCGGCGAGUAGUUUCCCGUCGUAUGCGGGGCUUAGGUUUUGAUUCUUCUCAUGUUUUCUUUGUAGAUGCUCUUAAUGCAUCAGGUGGUCUUGUUGAUGCGUGGUCUCCCGAAGUUGAUGCUUUGGUUUUUUUCAUUUUAAUUUUCGUAUUGGUGUCCAAAUUAAUGAAGUGAACUUCUCCUACAUAGUGUUUUGUGUCUAUAUCAGUUGCAAUGCUUCUAUUAGAUUGCAACAAUUGAUGCAGCUUCGUGAGAUUUGUGAUGGGGUCUAGUUACCUUAUGUGAUUUUAGGUGACUUCAAUGUUAUACUGCAUGAAAGUGAGAAAGAUGGUGGGAAUCCUUGGAAUGCCUCUCAGUCGGGUGCUCUCCGGAAUUUUAUUCAGGAGCUUAGGCUCCAUGACCCUGGUUAUCAAGGGAACCAAUUUACUUGGACAAACAAAAGAAUGGGUAUCGACUGUAUCCGUGAGCGUCUGGAUAGAGCUCUUUGCUCUCAGACUUGGAUUGAUCGCUACCCUGAUACUCUUGUUAAACAUUUUACUGACCAGGGGCCGGACCAUCGUACGCUGCUCCUGGCAGAUAAGCCUUACGUCCGUCAUAGUCGCCCCUUAUUGCGUUUUGAUGCGCGCUGGGCGGAUAACCAAGAGGUGAGAGCAAUGGUGAAUUAUGUGUGGAAAGAGGAGGUCCAAGGGACUCCGAUGUUCCAACUUUGGGAAAAACUAAAGAAGCUUCGCCACUUGCUCUAUGACUGGAGUAGGGCAGGAACCACUAACUCCCUUCGGAACAUCAAAACUCUCCAGGCUGAGAUUGAGAGAAUUAAGGCGAUUCAUUCGA